AUUUAUUGUUAAUUUUUUUUGUGUUCUCUAAAAGGGACACCAGCUUAUAUUCAACGUAUGCAUAUCUUGUUGCAUAGUGAGAUCAAGUUGAGCAAAAUCUUUUCUCUGACUUACCUAUAUUACUUGACAACUACAUUCACAGAUCAAAAGGGCUAUCUUUAUUAUGAAACCUAUCGUUCUUUGAAAGUUUAUAUUGAAUUUGAUGGGUUGCAUUUGCUCCACUGGCGUUAAGCACUCCCCUGGGUAUGAGGAUCCCACUCUACUCUCUAAUGAAACCCCAUUCACUGUGAGUGAAGUUGAGGCUUUGUUUGAGCUGUUUAAGAAGUUGAGUAGCUCCAUUAUCGAUGAUGGCCUCAUUCACAAGGAAGAAUUCCAGCUUGCACUUUUCAGGAACAGAAACAGGCGAAAUCUAUUUGCAGACAGGAUAUUCGAUCUGUUUGAUGUGAAACGUAAUGGAGUUAUUGAAUGUGGAGAGUUUGUUCGAUCAUUAGGUGUUUUCCAUCCGAAUGCACCAAUUGAAGAUAAAAUUGCAUGUAAACGCUUUUUGACAGUUGCUUUCAGGCUAUAUGAUCUUAGACGAACUGGCUUUAUUGAAAGAGAAGAGUUGAAAGAGAUGGUUAUAGCACUAUUACAUGAAUCUGAGUUGGUACUUUCAGAAGAUGUCAUAGAAAUGAUAGUUGAUAAAACAUUUAGCGAUGCAGAUACAAAAGGGGAUGGAGUGAUAGAUGAAGAGGAAUGGAAGCAAUUUGUAGCAAAAAAUCCAUCUCUCAUCAAGAAUAUGACCCUUCCAUACUUAAAGGAUAUAACAUUGGCAUUCCCGAGCUUUGUUCUGACCUCUGAAGUAGAAGACUCAGAAGUAUAAAGGCAUAAAGAGAUGCAUAAUUUGUCAGAAUAUGACACGAUGAAGAACUCGGGUCUGAAGUAGAACAAGAUCUCUUAGCCCAGUUCAUUGGCCAAGAAGGGUAUAAAGGGAAAUCUUGGAUGGUUCAAAUGAUGGCGGCCAUGUUGGUUUGAGGUUUCUGUACAGAGGAAUAAAAGGCAAGUUCUCGGUAUAUUAAAGUACGAGAUUUGUGCUCAACUGUUGAGUCUAAUUAUCUGGCUUUGUGAAGACAUAUAUAUUAUCUGUUCUUUUUUGUAGACCGAGAGAUUAUUAACUGUUAAAAGAUGGCAAGAAUAAAGAGAUUGGUACUUUUGUAUACUAUUGAGGAUUGUGAAGUGUAAUAUACUUUUUCUUAUAAA